AUGGAUUGUGGAGGUCGCUCUCUCGUUCAUACGAGGAGAGCCUUGAUGGCUAGGGUUAGAGUUUCUCCAGUUUUCUCUACUCAUUUUCUGCGCCGUCUCUCUCAGUCUUCUCUGAUUGUCUCUUUUCUUUCUUCUUGGUGUAUUGGGUACUACGUUUUUUUUUCCUCGCUCUUUUGUUCUCCGUGGGGUGGCUGCGUCAACUUCCUUUCUGGGUUCCCAAGGAGCCAGUCAUUGGUGAAGGGUCUCCAUCUUAACGUUAUAGAGGUGGCCACUGCCUUUUCUGCUCAAAGGGAUGACAAGUAUGCGGCACCAAACGGGAAUCAGAAGCUUGCGGAAACUGGUGUUAGGCAUCUGAUUGUUAGUGGCAUAUAUUUUUCUAGUAAGUGUAGUUUUUGUAUCGAGGAUUUUGUUGACAAGGCAGAGGAGACCAGCCUCGAGGGGUCUCUAAGGUCUCCUUAA